AUGGUUCGUUUAUUCUCUAUUUCUUUGCUCGCCAUACUGGCGGGUCUUACUUCCGCCAAAUCUCCUCCGGAACAAGAAGUUAUGGCUCAGCCAGUGCACGUAAUGGAGGGUUGGUCGUGGACCGAUUGCGGCCUCUCAACAGACCCCAUUCAGUUAGAAUCGAUAAGUCUCUCUCCGGAUCCACCAAAGCCAGGCCAAGACCUGACUGUCACGGUUGUGGGGACUGCUCAAGAACGAAUUGAGGACGGAGCCUAUGCCGAUGUCGUCGUGAAACUUGGACUCAUCAAACUUCUCACAAAGACAUUUGAUGUUUGUAAUGAAGCACGCUCCGCAAACGCAACUGUUCAGUGUCCGGUCGAGGAGGGUCAGUAUACUGUGGUCCAAACGGUUGCAUUGCCGAAGGAGAUCCCUCAGGCCAAAUUCAGCGUCAGUGUGAGAGGUUACACCGCGGACGACGAUGAUAUGCUGUGCUUGGAUCUUAAAGUUGAUUUCAUGAGGAGCCCCUUCCUAAGAUUCGGGUGGUAG